AUAAUGGAUGUAAUGGUUCCUCUGGGCUUGCAAGCUUGGGUUUCGGAUGUGAAUUGCUCCCAAGGAGGAGGGGUUUCGGAGCGGAACAUCACAAAACCCCGAGGCUGGUUCGUGCACGCGUCAACUCCUCCUUGUCACACGCUGUCCUCUCAAUUCAAUCGACACCGUUGCGAAUGCUCCUUGUACGAUGCCAACUCGCAUCUUAGACGUUGUACUCCGUACACCUUAUGUAAGAAUGACCAGCGCGCAUGAUGGGGGCGAUAUGGGCCAUCGUAGCCUCCCUUCAUCUCUCGAUCGAAUGCAUAGCCAACUAACUGCACACGGACGGCGUCAUCGCGUCGGAUUCCCAAAAGGUAUGAGGCGUCAGAAUGACCUAUGGGCCGUUUGCAGACGCCGCGUGAAAAUGGACGCCAGUGACACUCAAAGGCGCCCACAAACUUGGCAGCGCGGGCAUGACAUGUUGAUGAACCGGAACAUCCUCCAACCCGUCAUCCUACCCGUCGAUCAAGCAAGGAUAGAGGCAAGUUUUAGUGACGCCGCAACGGAGUUUUGGUGGGGAAAAAGCGGGAGCGCCACCCAUUGCGUCAGAGGGCAUCGUGGGUGGCUGGUGUGAACAGGGGUCUCAAGUACCUCCUCAUCUCAAACCGGUUCUUGCUCAGUGACAUUUUCUCUUAAACGUCUUCCUCACGCCUUA